GGGGGACGGGAACAAUGUCAUCAUGUCGCCUUAAAAAGAGUGCAGCUAUGUUGUGGUUGAAAGCACCUCGGGAGGAGAACAGAGGAUCAAUAGCGGCAGGAAGCGACAACAAAAAGGCGCAUCAGAUGUUUGCGUGGAAGUGAAAGUGCCUUCAGGGUUUAACGCGAACAUGCCGAGGGGAUUUUUGGUGAAAAGGAACAAGAGGACCAACCCGGUCUCUUACCGGGUCCGCCCCGACCAGGAGGACGCGGAGCAAACGGCACCCUGUGCGCCGCCGCGACCGCUUUACUGCGCGGCUCUUACCGCCUCCUUGCCGGUGCGCGCACGGACGCCAACGCCCACCUGCGGGGCGGCGGCUCCGGAGCAGGUCGGCAGACCGGUGCAGUUCGGGAACCCGGAGCUGGUGUGCCAGGCGCUGUACAGCCCCACCCGCCCCGUCAGCCGGGACAACGAGCGCUUCAACCUCGGGUCGCCGGUUUCCGCGGAGUCCUUUCCCACACCGGCAGCGCUGCCCGCCCUGGACCACCUCUACGCCCCGGUGGACCUGAAAAUCGGCUCCAGCAACAGCAGCCGCACCGGGACCAGUGCCACGUCCACCGCGACGCUCCCCACCGCAGCCACCAAGCGGCCCGCCGGCGACGCCGAGCGCAAAAGCAAACCGCCGUCCAAGAAAACCAAAGCCAUCCGAAGGCUGCACUUUGAGGAUGAUGUCACCACGUCUCCGGUUCUCGGGCUCAAGAUCAAAGAGGCGCCGGUGGACCAGAAGCCCCCGAGGCCGCAGCUGCCCGGAGGGGACAACGUCCCGCUGGGCGAGUUCGUGUGCCAGCUGUGCCGCGAGGCGUACGCGGACCCGUUCGCUCUGGCGCAGCACAAGUGCUCCAGGAUAGUCCGGGUCGAGUACCGGUGUCCCGAGUGCGACAAGGUGUUCAGCUGCCCGGCUAACCUCGCCUCGCACCGGCGGUGGCACAAGCCGAAGCCGCAGAGCGCAGCGCCGGGGGGGCCACAUCCCGAGAGCGACCGGGCUUCCGCGUCCGGUAAGACCGCACCGGAGGAAGCCAAGGACUCCAGUGACAGGGACACCCCCAGCCCGGGCCCGUCCGAGUCCGGCUCGGAGGAAGGGCUGUACGAUUGUAACCACUGCGGGAAGAAGUUCAAACGGCCGGCGUACCUGCGGAAGCACCUGGCGUCCCAGCACGGCUCCCCGAAACCGGCGGAGGACGAGGACGCGCCGGAGCGCAGCGCGGCGCCGCUGAACCUGAGCGGCGCCGCGUGCCACCUGUGUCCGGUGUGCGGGGAGAGCUUCUCCAACCGGGGCGGCCUGGAGCGGCACAUCCGGCUGCUGCACUCCUCGCAGGUGUAUCCGUGCAAGUACUGCCCCGCCGUGUUCUACAGCUCCCCGGGACUCACCAGGCACAUCAACAAGUGCCACCCGUCCGAGAACCGGCAGGUGAUCCUGCUGCAGGUGCCGCUGCGCCCCGCCUGCUGAUCCGGGACCUCAGGGGGGACAAAGUCACAGAUCAGCCUCGAUUAGGACCGUUACACUGCAGAAACAACACCCAUGUUUUUAUUUGAUCUGACUAAUCAAAUCAAGCAGCUCGAGCUCUGCGGGACUCUGUGGAUCGGAGGAUUUAUUUUCUCUUGCUUCAGUUAUUUGGAGAAAGAAAAUCAGCACAUUUGAAAUGAAUCCUUUUAAAAUCUAAACUCUAAAUUUCUUAAACACUUUUUGAACAAUUCAUCUCUUUUGGUUUAAAAGUCUAAAUCAUGGAGGUAAAAGAAGAAGUUAAAGUGUGUUUGUAUUUUCUUGCAGUGUAACAGUGUCAUCUCGCAGAGUUCAGAGGUCAGCCGCUCACCUGCAGCUGGCAGGGAUUCAGUGCCUUGCUCGAGGACACUUCAGCAGGUCCUGGGUGUGUUUGAACCCUGGCCUAUAAACCCCCACCCACACACACACACAAACAUACACACACACACACACACACACUCACACCUCCCUUCAAGCACCUCUGACGUCACUCUCCAGACACUUAGACCGUUAAUUUAUUUUUCUAGCAUCUCUGCACAAGUGCUUCUAGCUUCUAGACCUAAGAGGGAGGUAUGGGGGGGGGGUCUGGUGUCUUCACUCUGAUUAGCUUUAUCGUCGAGGGUCCGUGGAUCAGUAGAUGUUUGCCUGAAAGACAGAAAGAGAAACUAGCGUAGCCGCUCGAGGCCUUUGGAUCGGAGCCUCGUGCUGUAAAUCUGCCUUAAACUCCUCUGAUUGUUGAUCGCUUGUUAAUCUCCACACCAUCGUUAUGUUCCUGUGCCCCCCCCCCCCCCUUAUUUAUUUAUGUAUUUAUUAAAUUAUUUGUGUAAGUUAUUGCUCUGUGUGCUCCGUGGUGUGUUUUUAAUUUAACUUAAAGGAAGAGGUGACGUUAAAGCAAUCAAUGACUUCUAUCUCCUGAAUGAAUAAUAACUGGAUGCAAUCAUUGAUUUGAUAUAUUUCACGUUUUGUUUGGGGUUCUUUGUAGCCGUUAGCUGUUCUACUGCUUUGGACGUGUCCGCAGUAUUUUGCUAAAUGCCCAAAAAUAAUAAAAAACCAAACUGAGAAACAGUU